GACCUCGCGCGCUCGCGCGCUCGAUCGGCAAGCCAAGCCCCGCCCCCCUCGAUCCCCUCAACCCCAAUCUCCUCCACCGCCACCGUCGCGUCCGUUAAAAUUAGCCUCUCGCCUCAUCCCCCCAUCUCUCUCUCACGAGGACGACCGGGGAGCGCGGCGAACCGGAGGAGGCGGCCUCGUCCCCCGCCCCCUACAUCCUCUCGAUUCGUGCGGUUCAGGGACCUUUCAGAGCAAACCAUCUUAAAUCUUAUUCCUGACUUCCUGUCAUGGGCAUGGAACAUCUGCUGAACACCAUGAAUCCUUCAUCAGGCUUUAUCCAGGAAAUGAGAGAGUUAGAGAAGCUUAGAACAGAAACAAUGAUGAAAUCCUGCCAAAGCACAACUAGCAGGGCUGGAGCGAUCAGAUGUCCAAUACCACGCAAGAGCGGCAGGUCAUGUAAAGAGUAUGAUUUAACACAAGAUCUUUCUGAUUUCAUUAUGAGCAAGGCUUCUCCUCCAUACUUUACAGGAUCUCCACCAGUUCGAGCAAGCAAUCCUCUUGUACACGAUACACAAUUCUGUGCGUGGAAGAUGCAAAACGUUGAUCAGUCACUUAGCAUUCCUAUACCAACAAAGGGAUGCAAUGUUCGUUACUGCAUGAGGGAAGGAUCUGUUACAAAGGCUUGAAACUACAUUUAUUAGCUUCAUGACCGCUCGCACCCAGACCCAGAGGACAUGCUUGGUGAACAUUCCGGCUGUUGACUUUACUUGUAGUUGUAACUCUGCUUGCCUCUUCAGGGCCAAUUUGUACAUACGGGUUAUCACCUCUAGAAGCUGCCGUUUUCAAGUUUUGUGCCGUUGUCAUCGGCAGUGGUGUACAUAUCUUUUGUGUUCAGUUUUGUCGGCUAUGAAGCUAGUUUGGCAAAUAAAGGCUGUCAAACCUAUGUUACUGAGAAAUGAGCUCAUCUGAUGAAUGGAAGAAAAUUUCUGUUUUAUCACCA